AUGCUUUCAUCUACCAGUCACGAUGGGUACGCUGAGUUCGAUAUACCGCCAGUCCUUCAAGUUGAGCUCGAUGCUGCAGACACCACCUCUGCAUCGACCGAGGCAGAAAAAGUUCCUCGUGGCAAUGGUACCCUUAUCCUAUAUCGGUACCCACCUGACCCUCAGAACCUUGCAAGACAAAAUGUGUUAAAGAAGCUCGUGGAGUUAUUAGAGCCUGUGGUUACAAAGUGGCCCGGAAAAGAGGAUCUUCAGUUUGAAUGGCAAUUCAAGGAACUCCGUUUGGAAAGGGGCGGAUUAAUCACACCAACUGACAGCAGGAACGUUUUCAUUCCUCGGCCAUUACCCCCCACCGAAAAAAGCAUAGUUACCAUUUUAAUCAAGAAGUCAAGGUCCCAGAAAGUUGUGGAGUGGGAUUGUUCGAAGGCAUAUUUACUGGAACCUGACAACUCUAUUUUUGUACCUCCACAUGAUAGCAAGCCAUGCAGAAUGUGGCUACUCACAUUCCGAUACAAAGAAAAGGACAAGGAAGAGGUGAACCGAGAUGCUGGAAAUAGUGGGAGGGUUGUUGGACAAUUGCGGUAG